AUGACACAGGCCGUCAAGCGGGCCUGCGACGCCUGCCAUCGUCGCAAGGUCAAGUGCGACGGCGUCAACCCGUGCCGCAACUGCCACACGGCUCAACUAUCCUGCACGUACAAUGCCAUCCCCCAGAAGAAGGGCCCCAAGGGCUCGCGCGCCAAAGUCAUCAGCGAGUUGAGGGAAACGCAGCGACAGACCAGCUUGGCCGCCAAGGUCCAGAACCGCAUGAACGGAAUCCCCAACCCUCCAGGUCCCAUCAACCUCGCCCCGACGCCCGGCCUGCUCUCCCCCGAGUUCGUCAAGGAAUGCGUCGAUUUCUACUUCGCCAAUCUCUACGAAAAGAUGCCAAUCCUCGAUCGACGCCAAAUCGACCAGCAGAUGCCCUUCAUGGAGCAGAACCGCGACACCUACUGCCUCAUGACCUCGCUCUGCGCCUUCAUGAUGCUCCAGCCCGGAAUGUCCAUGCCGACCGGCGACCCCUACAACUUCGAUGUUAUGCCCGGCGCCACCCUCGUCGCCAGCCAGUUGCUUUUGGAGGAGACGCUGCAGGUUCGCAAGGGCUACGACUACCUCGACAACACCACCUUCAACAUGCUCGCCACCAACUUCUUCAUCUACGGCUGCUACCACGGCCUCGAGCUGCACGACAAGGCCUGGUACUACCUCCGCGAGGCCUCGACCAUGAUGCACAUGAGCGGCAUGAACAAGGAGGAGACAUAUCACGGCCCUCAAUGGGACAAUGCCGAGUCGUCUCGGAGGAAGCGGCUUUACUGGCUGUUCUUCAUUAUGGAAAGGGCCCACGCCAUCCAACGCCAGCGACCUUUGACCCUCCAGGCGACCAUCAGCCCGCCUAACUCCGCCGACGAUCCGAGCGACCCACUCAGCCACCAGCUCAAUAGCUUCAUCAUGAUGGUGAACCUGUUCCGUCCCUUCGACGACGCCUUUACUGCUGUCUGGAACAAGACACGCAGCAACCUAUACGUUUCCAACCUGCAGAAGCAACUGACCGAGGUCCAGCCCGGCUACCUCUGCCAAGAUGGCCAGCUGACCGAUCUGCGCACAAACCAGCAGUGGCUCAAGACCACCGUCUGGCAAUUGACCCACGGCAGCAUGAACUCCCAGAACCAGGAGAACCUGGACUACUCCUACCCCGUUGAUAUGGCCCGCGAGCUUCUGAUGAACCUCGCUUCUCAUUUCCCUGGCCAGGGCAUGGAACUGAUGGGUUCUGGACUGAUUGAAAAGCUUUUCGAAAUCACCUGCAACAUGACCGACUUCCUUGCUGUCCAGCCCGACCUGCGCGAUCCCUUCACUGUCGGCCCCCGCGAGCAGCUCAACCACACACUCAACAUUGUCGCCGUUCUCCGACACAACAACUACCGUUUCCUGCCUCUUCUCCUCAGCAAGGUCGCCGACAUUCUGCCUCGCCUGACCAACCCGAUGCUGCAAAACGCCCCCGAGAACUCCAACCUGGGCAACAUCGAUAUCUUUGAUGGCUUCGGCAAUGCGGGCAUGGCCCAGCCGGCCCCGCAGAUGCAGAUGCAGAUGGACACCGAAUACGAACGCAAGUUUUCUGUCGCCGACUACAACAAGAACUACGGCAUGUCGGACAUGAACAGCAACGUAAGCGAAACCAACGUGUCCACCGGGGCCCCGUCCGUCACCGUCGCCGCCUCGACCGCCGCAGACAUGAACUCGCCCUUCGCUAGUUCGCCAGCAAUCAUGUCUCCGCCGAUGGAGUACACACCCCACGGCCUCAACGAUUACGGAUGCGCACCGAUGCCAGACAUGGUCAUGAGUCCGAUGGGCCAGAACGGAUCGUCUUUGGGUGGUUCGAACCAGCAUCAACAACACCAGUCGCAUCACAUGAUGCAGAAUCAAGGCAUGAGCCAGCAACAGCUGCAGCCCAACAUGACUCAGCACCACGAUCCCAACAUGCAGCAAGGUCACAACAUGGGCAGCAUCAGCCCACCAUCGUUCCAGGGCCAGCAACAGCUUAACGCUCCGUCAAUACCAACCUCCCAUCCGAUGGGGCCUGGUGGAAACAACAUGAUGAACUCCAUAUCCCGGCAGCAACCCCAGCGAGCCCAGAGCUUUGCAAUACAGCAACAACCCCUACCACGGACCGUUGGAGAGUUUCACGCACUCCAGCGCACCAACUCGGACAUGCCAGGUAUUACUGGCAUGACUGCCGAGAUGGAUUUCAAUACUCUUCUCAGUGCUGAAAGAGAGAAGUUUGUCACGAUGGUCCAUAUCUUCUUCGUCGGAGCGACCGGCCACAUCGGCGGCGCGGUCCUCCACCAACUCGUCCAAGCCCACCCCUCCGCCACCAUCAAGGCCCUCGUCCGCGACGAACCCAAAGCGGCCCGCCUCGUCGCCAAGUACCCCUCCGUGACCACCGUCCUCGGCGACACCCUCCAGCUCGACCUCCUCGAGCAGCACGCCCGCGAGGCCGACGUCGUCGUCAACACGUCCCCGGACAUCACCCACGACGCGGGCAUCAAGGCGAUCCUCUCCGGCCUCAAGUCGCGCGACGGCGUGCGGCCCUAUUACAUCCACACCUCGGGCGCCUCGCUCAUCUGGGACGAGCCGGCCGGGUCCAAGGACGCGCGGUGGUGGGACGAUAUCGAGGACGUGGGGGAUAUCCUGGCGUUCAAGGGCGAGGCGCAUACCCACGCCGUCACGGACAAGAUCGUACGCGACGCGGCGGGAGAUGUGAAUGUCGCGAUCAUGUCGCCCGGUUUCGUGGGCGGUAUGAGCCCGAGCGUGGAACACCCGACGCCCAUCACCACGCCCGCCAUCUUCCUCACCGCGCGCGCGCUCAAGUCCGGGUGGAAGAUCGCCGAGGGCGAGAACACGCACGCGUGGAUCCACGUCGAGGACCUCGCCAAAAUGUACCUCAUCCUGAUCAGCAAAGCCGUCACCGGGCCUUCGGACUCGGAACCGUUCGAGCUCUGGGGCCCGGAGGCGUACUACUUCGGCACGGGCGAGGACAUCUCGUUCGCGAAGUUCAUGGGCGCGCUGGUGCCGGUGCUCAAGGAGCACGGGGUGAUCGGGAGCACGGAGGUGAAGACGGUCAGCGUGGUGGAGGCGGCGCGGGCGAGCAUGGGCGGGAGCGACUAUGAUCCGGACGCGACGCCGCCGCCGCCGGAUACCUGGGCGAUGCAUAUUGCCAUCAUGUACGGGAUCAACAUGCGGGUCGGGGCGUCGCGGAUGGCGAGGCUGGGGUGGAGGGCGGAGAGGGGGAGUGUGGUGGACACGUUUGAGGAGGUUGUGAAGGUGUUUUUGAAGAGGGAGAAGUUGGGCGCGUGA